GGGGGAAAUAGGGGGGGAAAAAAACAGCGCGCGGAACCCGGCCAGGGUGGCCCACCCCCGCCACAAUGGCCUCUGGGGUGGAAGUCCUGCGCUUCCAGCUGCCCGGCCACGAGGCCGCUACGCUGCGGAACAUGAACCAGCUCCGCGCAGAGGAGCGGUUCUGCGACGUGACCAUUGUGGCCGACAGCCUCAAGUUCCGCGGCCACAAGGUCAUCUUGGCCGCCUGCUCGCCGUUCCUGCGGGACCAGUUCCUGCUGAAUCCCAGCUCUGAGUUGCAGGUCUCCCUGAUGCACAGUGCACGCAUAGUGGCUGACCUGCUCCUCUCUUGCUAUACGGGCGCCCUGGAAUUCGCCGUCAGGGACAUUGUUAACUACCUGACGGCCGCCUCCUACCUGCAGAUGGAGCACGUGGUGGAGAAAUGCCGGAAUGCCCUCAGCCAGUUCAUCGAGCCCAAAAUAGGCCUCAAAGAGGAUGGGGUCAGCGAUGCCAGCCUUGUGAGCAGUGUCAGUGCCACCAAAUCCCUCCUCCCUCCCGCCAGGACCCCGAAGCCAGCCCCCAAACCCCCACCCCCACCCCCUCUCCCCCCUCCACUCCUGCGGCCUGUGAAGCUGGAGUUCCCGCUGGAUGAGGACCUAGAGCUGAAGGCUGAGGAAGAGGAUGAGGAUGAGGACGAGGACGUGUCUGACAUCUGCAUCGUCAAGGUGGAAUCGGCCUUGGAGGUGGCACACCGGCUCAAACCUCCCGGAGGCCUGGGAGGAGGUCUGGGCAUCGGAGGCUCUGUGGGCAGCCACCUUGGGGAGCUGGCCCAGAGCAGCGUGCCCCCCAGCACUGUGGCUCCACCACAGGGCGUGGUGAAAGCCUGCUACAGCCUGUCCGAGGACGCGGAAGGGGAGGGCCUGCUGUUGAUUCCAGGAGGCCGGGCCAGCGUGGGGGCCACCUCAGGCCUGGUGGAGGCAGCAGCGGUGGCCAUGGCUGCCCGGGGGGCGGGGGGCAGCCUGGGGGCGGGGGGCAGUCGGGGACCCCUGCCCGGAGGCUUUUCCAGUGGCAAUCCCCUAAAGAACAUCAAGUGCACCAAGUGCCCGGAAGUGUUCCAGGGCGUGGAGAAGCUGGUCUUCCACAUGCGGGCGCAGCACUUCAUCUUCAUGUGCCCGCGCUGCGGCAAGCAGUUCAACCACAGCAGCAACCUCAACCGCCACAUGAACGUGCACCGCGGCGUCAAGUCGCACUCUUGUGGCAUCUGCGGCAAGUGCUUCACGCAGAAGUCCACGCUGCACGACCACCUCAACCUCCACUCGGGAGCGAGGCCUUAUCGCUGUUCCUACUGCGAUGUGCGCUUCGCUCACAAGCCUGCUAUUAGGCGGCACCUCAAGGAGCAGCACGGCAAGACCACGGCCGAGAACGUGCUGGAGGCCAGCGUGGCUGAGAUCAACGUCCUCAUCCGCUAGCGCUAGCGUGGCAGGCGCUGGGUCC